AUGUCGAGAUUGGAACGGAGUCCGAUAAAGGGCCUCGUCUGCCGUCGCCUGAACGUAAAAUAUUCCUCAACGACUACGCGAGUAUCACCCCAGAUCGCGUCCAAUGCUGCGGGUGAAAGAUCUCGGAGAGAACCUGUCCAGAUCGGAGUGGGCGCUCGCUUCAACCUGAAUAGUCCCGCUGAUCUCAGAGAGAUCAUCGAGGAGCACAGCACAGAACUCCGGAAAACUUAUGAGCUGCACGAGAGUCCCGAGAUAUCUUUGAUGAUCCCUGGCAAUUUUCAAUUCACUCCAUCCGAGGAAGAGUCAGCAAAGGCGGUGACAACUGGAAAAGCUCCGAGAGGCCGACCGCCGCAGAAAAAGAAGGAAGUCGACCUCUUGGCGAGGGAGAAAGAUGCGUACCUGGCGCAGCGGGAUCACAUCAUUUCUUCACUGAGGAGCUACGUUGACGUUUCGGUGAAUGUCGGCCAACACGAGUGCGCCCUUCAAGCGGUCAACUAUUAUCGGUGGUACCUGAGAAAACUGCAUCACCGUUCAGGUUUGCGGACUCCGGAACCGUUCCCCGUUGAUAUCUACAAUUUAAUCCUGUCGGGAUGCGUCAUCAGCGGUGACUACAAACUCGCGACGGAUAUCAAACAGAUCAUGACGUGGGACAACGUCAACAUGGACGCAACUACUUACGCCUACCUCCUGGCCACUGCCAAAGGCCAGGACGAUCGAAACGGUCUCUUGAAAAGGAUGUCAGAUGCGAGAAUCACGCUGGAAGACCUCUUCCGGAAAACCCCGCUCACGAAUGUGCAGCUUGCGAAACUCGUGCAGAACAUCCGCUGUUGUAGCGACAACCACGAUUUCGAAGUUCCGCCAGCCCACUUUCCCCCCAACAAAAGUUGCUCGAUGAUCGCCGAUUUGAGCAAGUCCAGACAGCCCUUUUCCGGAGAUCGAUUUUUCACCCACGAAGUCUUGCGACAGAAGAGCAACGAACAGAAAAGUCGAGAGCUGGCUGGGACGGUCAGCGUGAAAUCGAUCGCUGCAAUCGGCAAGCCCUCUCCGCGCGUCACGUUCCUGAGGAAGCAGAUAGCCAAAUGUGAAAACGAGUGGAGGAGAGAACUGAAUGAACUCUUCAUCAGAUAUCUCGAAAACGCCACGAAUGAGGCAUUGCAUCUGCACCAUAUGUCUGUAUAUCCGUAUCUGUUGGCUUUAGACAGGUCUACGUUCGUUGAUUUGAUGGUACAGGAGAUGCGGGCCCAUGCGAUGGCGUCAGAGAGCUUCAGUAUGAGCUUCACCUACCUCGCUUCUCAAUUGGGCCAAAGAGUAGAAGUUCUGUACCACAUCCGAACCAAAAUCAAAGGUGGUGUUUUCGACGCCUUCAGCCAAAUAUAUGACCAAUAUCUCGCAGAGUUCGAUCCGAGACACACCACUCCUAGUCGCGAAAUCUGGCAAUCGUUGAUCAGCAAGAACCCUCAGCUGGCCCCGUGUAUCGAGAAUCAUCAGGAUCUCCCGUGGACGAAAUCGACGCGAGUCAGCGUCGGCCGAUUUCUCUACUCAAUACUUCGACAACUGAAAGUUGAUGUCAACAUCCUGAAGCCUAAUUGUGAGAAGAGGGAACUGAUGAAUGCUCUGUAUUCUGUCUACCGGGCAAACUCCGAGAGGAAGCACGAGGAGCUGAGAGCCCAUAAGAUUCUCAGCUCCUUGUACUCGAAGGCGGAAAUUGAAGACCUCCGAUUCGACGCCUCGUUCCUCCCGAUGCUGUGUCCCCCAAAACCUUGGACCAGACCUAAGGACACGCCAUUUCUGAUUUCCGGCGUACCAUUGAUACGGGUCAUGCCCGACGUCGGCGAGCAUCAGAUGUGUGCCAUCAACGACGUUCCCCCCGAAAAUAUUUAUCCGGCCCUGGACGCCCUCAACGUUCUGAGCCGCACACCGUGGCGGGUGAACGUUCCUGUCCUAGACGUUCUGACGACGGUUUUCCUGGGGGAAGGUGAUAAAAAACUCUCAGUGCCGAAGGACCCUGCGAAAAUGGUUCAGCCCGACAUUGCCGCUAUCAGGGCUCAAUCGAAAUCGGCGGCACGGACAAGAGCUAUGCAGUUCAGACGUGAAAAAGCUGAAAAUUUCUCGCUAUGGUGCGACAUGCUGUAUAAAUUAUCUAUCGCACACCAUUUCAAGCACGAUGUAUUCUUCUUCCCGCACAAUAUGGAUUUCCGCGGCAGAGUCUAUCCGUGUCCUCCACACUUCCAUCAUCUGGGAGGUGACGUGAUCCGGGGACUCCUCCUCUUCGCUGAGGGAAAACCUCUUGGAGAAAAGGGAUUGUGGUGGUUGAAACUCCAUCUAAUCAAUCUAACGGGAUUCAAGAAGAGACGACCUAUCGAGGAACGGGUCGCAUUCGCGGACGAAAUAAUGGACGAGAUCCUCGACUCGGCACAAAACCCUCUGACCGGCCGGAAAUGGUGGCAGACUUCAGACGAUCCUUGGCAAACGUUAGCCGCCUGCAAGGAAAUCGCCAACGCCCUCGCGUCACCGGAACCCGAGAAAUAUAUCUGUCAUCUACCGAUCCAUCAGGACGGCAGCUGCAAUGGUCUUCAGCAUUAUGCCGCACUGGGGAGAGAUCUCGAGGGAGCGCUACAGGUGAACUUGGUUCCCAUGGACGCGCCCCAAGACGUAUACAGUGGGAUAGCAGAUACGGUCGAGUCUCUGCGUCAGAUCGACAGCGCGAAUGGAGUCGAGAUCGCUACAAUCCUGGAAGGUCACAUAAAAAGAAAAGUCGUGAAGCAGACCGUCAUGACGGUCGUUUACGGUGUGACUCGAUUUGGAGCCCACCUGCAAAUCCUCCGACAGCUCCAAGAUCUCGAGGGCUUCCCGUCAACGCGCGCGAACUCCGCAGCUCAUUACCUUGUUGGUAAGACUUUCGAAAGUCUGGAGAAAAUGUUCUCAGCUACCAGAGAAAUUCAAAAUUGGUUCACGCGGUGUGCUCGGACCAUCUGUUUCGCUACGGAUAGACCCGUUCAAUGGACGACCCCCCUGGGGCUCCCGGUCGUUCAACCGUACUUCCUGACCUCUACGCAAAGAUGCGUAGUUGAAAGCGACAGGGGCAAGCACUCGAUCGUCACACAGAACUCGAAGCCGCACGGAAUGAAACAGAAGAACGGGUUCCCCCCGAACUAUAUUCACAGUCUAGACUCGUCGCACAUGAUGUUAACGGCAAUGUACUGCGAGGCAGCCGGCAUUAAUUUUGUUUCGGUCCACGACUGCUUUUGGACUCACGUGUCCACAGUCGAUGAGAUGAGCAGGAUUUGUCGGGAGCAGUUUGUGAGUCUCCACAGCGAACCUCUACUCGAGCGACUUUCUGAUGAAUUCCGUCGAGCGUAUAUUCACGGGAAAACACAUAAAAUUCCCGAUCAAGCCAAGGCUGCAGCGUUCCGGGAACUCCAGACGCUCGUGGAGGCGAUUCCGGACAAGGGCGAAUAUGAUUUAAAAAGCGUUCUCAAAUCCAGAUAUUUCUUCAGCUGAUGGAGUCCUUCAAUCGGGUCUCGAGUCUUCCGGCCGGCCUCUGGGUCUGUGUUUUUUUUUCAAGUCUCAAGUGCCUAAACUUUCAUGUCUAUAGUCACAGGUGAGAACCGGUUCAAAUGUUGUAUUUUGUUAAGACGGAAAAGAGUAGGAACGAAGAAAAUGUAGGAUAUACGC